AUGGAAAAAGAGAGUGUAGAAGCAGUCCUCAAUUGUAUUGACCUCUCCAACUUCAAUAUUCAACAAUCCGUUAAUUUGCUCAAACAGUCUUGUACCGAUUCUGGGUUUUUCUACAUUGUCAAUCAUGGAAUUAGCCAGGAGUUUAUGGACCAGGUUUUUGACCAGAGCAAGAAAUUUUUCAACCUUCCACUCGACGAAAAGAUGAAGGUUCUCCGGAACGAUCACAGUAGGGGAUACACUCCUCUUCUCGAUGAAAUCCUUGAUCCUCAGAACCAAUUACAUGGUGAUUUCAAAGAAGGCUAUUAUAUUGGAGUUGAAGCUACUGAUCCACUUCAUCACAAACCUUUUCAUGGCCCAAACUUAUGGCCGGCAUCAGAUGUUCUCCCAGGAUGGAGGGAAACUAUGGAAGAAUACCAACGCCAGGCAUUAGAAGUUGGGAAAGCAGUUGCCAAGAUAAUAGCUCUUGCACUUGAUUUGGAUGCUAAUUUUUUCAACAAACAAGAAACCCUAGGAGAUCCCAUUGCGAUUCUGCGUUUGCUACACUAUCAAGAUAAAAUCUCAGAUCCGUCGCGAGGUUUGUACGCAGCUGGAGCUCAUACUGACUAUGGUCUGAUUACUUUGUUAGCAACAGAUGAUGUCAAGGGUCUUCAAAUAUGUAAAAAUAAGGAAGCUGAACCUCAGAUAUGGGAGGAUGUGGCACCAUUAAAGGGAGCAUUUAUAGUUAAUCUUGGAGAUAUGCUGGAGCGCUGGAGCAACUGUACUUUCAAGUCAACAUUGCAUAGAGUUAUAGGAAAUGGUCAAGAAAGAUAUUCUAUUGCAUAUUUCUUGGAGCCUGGUCAUGAUUGUCUAGUGGAAUGCUUGCCAACCUGCAAAUCAGACGCAAAUCCUCCCAAAUAUGCUCCUAUCUAUUACAAGGACUACUUGAGUCAGCGUUAUAAGGAAACGCAUGCUGAUCUGCUGGUAUAUGACAAACAACAAUCUUGA